AGGACCAAAAUUAAAAUCACUCUGAAAACGAAAUUGUUUUUGAUGAACAAAAUCAAAAAGAAUGAAUACAUUAUUGUUAAAUUGUCGAUCACUUACCGGAAAAAUUAUUCAGAUUCAUAUAGUUUCUACUUUUAAGCCAUCAGUAAAUCAUGUUCAAUUUUAUCGUUAUUUUAAUACAAAAAAUAAACCACCAACCAACAAUUAUAAAAGACAGAAUUGGACCAUUAUGGAUAAUAUGAUCAAUGCAGCUCGUAAUAUCUGGAUAGUGCCAUUAACAUUAGCUAUUCACGCCGGAAUAAAGCAAUAUCAAAACGAUUCGCAAAAGCCUGAUUCAAUUUUGACGAUCGAAAAUUUGGAUAAAAUUCCACCUGUAGAUUUACCUAAUGAGCCUGAAGAAAUACAAAAACUAAUGUAUCGAAAGGUCAAAUUACGUGGAUAUUUUGAACAUGAUAAAGAAUUUCUUCUCUCACAAAGAACGAAUUUUCAAUUUUCCGAUGCCCUUGUAUCUCCAUUGAAUCGAUCUGGCUAUUAUGUAUUGACACCAUUCGUGCUGGAAAAUGGUCGCCGUGUUCUAGUCAAUCGUGGUUGGGUUUCGGAAUACCGUAAAAAACCCGAAUCAAGAGAGUCUGGACAAGUACAGGGUACUGUUGAAUUGGAUGCCUAUGUAACAUUUAAUGAAAAAAUGGAUUUAGUCACCAAGAUGCGUACAAUGUCCUGCAAAUAUUUUUAUUUGUAUCGUUCGGAAAUGUUAGAUAAUAACUUGGAUAUGGAUAAACUAGCUGAGAAACUUCAAGUAGAACCAUUCGCCUUAUUUGUUGCGGACAAAAAAAGUACUCACAAAAUGGGUCCAAUUGGUGGCCAAAUAUCUUUCACAAGUGAUUAUGAUUUUUUUCAACAAUAUCAAAAAGUUUUCAGUUAUUUAUUGUUAGCGUUGGUUAUGUAUAUCAUAUUUUAAUAAUAAUUCAUUCAUACAUGUGA